CCGCGCGCGUCGUCGUCGAACAUCCGACAGAACGAUGCACAGCGCGUCGAGCUUGACCGCGCGCGCGCCCCCCCGCGCGCGCGGGGUCGCGAGAGCCUCCCUCGGCGCCGAGAGAGCGUCGCGCGCGCGCGUCGCGACCAAAGAGCGUCGUCCCAUUCGCGACGCGCGGGGAGACCGAGCGUCGACGCGCGGCGUCGCGCGCGCGUCCCCGCCGUGCGCGCCGUCGUCGACGUGCUUCCGACGCGUCCCUCGCGCGCGUCGAGCGUCCAUCGCGCCGUGGCGAAGAACGCUGUCGCCCCUCCACGACGCGGCGUCCAUCGCGCGCGCGUCGCGGACGCAGACGACGCCCGUCGUGGACGCGUUCGCCGUGGACGAGAUCGUGGAGCGAUCGAUCGGCAUCGCGCGCGACGACUUCGAUAAAGCCCUCGGCGCGCUCCCGGAGCUCAGCGAGCUCGACGAGCUGAUCGUCGCGCGCGGGUACGACCCGCAGGCGAUCGACGCGUACUUCUUCAAACACCCCGGGCAGCUCGCGUCGAGGGCGGUGACGGUCACGCGAGCGCUCACGUCGCUCGCGAACCUCGCGAAGAGCAAAAAAUACGACGAGCUCGUCGACUCGAUCGAACGCCUCGGCCCGACGUACGUCAAGUUCGGGCAGGCGUUCGCGUCCAGGAGCGACCUCAUCGGCGGCGAUCUCGCGGCGGCGCUGGAGAAGCUCCAGGACGGCAUGGCCGCGGCGCCGAUCGAGGAGGCGAGGGCGAUCGUCGCGUUGGAGUGUCCGAAGGCGCUGCCGGUGCUGUAUCAGGGCGACGCCAUCGCGGCGGCGAGUCUGUCGCAGGUGUACAGAGGCACGAUCGAGGGGAAGGACGUCGCGGUGAAGGUUCAGAGGCCGGGCAUCGCCGCGCGGGUCGCCGCGGACGCGACGCUGUUUCGCAUGGGCGCGAAGGUUCUCGAGGCGACGGGGAUGAUCAAGGCGAAGCUCGUGGACUCAGGCGCGUUCUGUUAUCACACUGUGGACGAGUUCGCGUCGAGGAUCUUCGAGGAGAUGGACUUCAAGAACGAGGCGCAAAACAUCAAGCGGUUCGACGCGCUGUACGGGCCGAACGGGACGAACCGGAAGACGCUGCCGCCGCCCGGUUUCGUGCGCGUCCCGGGGCUCAUCCCGCAGUUUCCCCCGUCCAGGCGCGUGCUAGUGAUGGAGUGGCUCCAGGGCGAACGCAUCUCGUCGCUGGUCGGGCGAGGGAGCGCGUCGUACGAUGAGUACGAGGGCGAGUGCGACUUCGAGACGUGGGAAUCGGAGCAGUGCGAGAAGCAGGCGGCGUCGAUGGCGCUGAUCGACCUCGGGAUUCGAUGCACGCUGUCGCAGCUGAUCGAGACCGGGGUGAUGCACGCGGAUCCGCACGGAGGCAACCUCCUUCGGUUGAACACCACCGGCGAGCUCGCGUACCUGGACUUUGGGUUGAUAUCGGACAUCCCUCCGAGCGUGCGCGACGGCCUCGUCGCCGCGGUGACGUUGUUGCUGUUCGACCGCGACUACGAAGCCGUCGCCGGGUUGUUUGGGGAGCUGCAGCUCGUGCCGAAGGACGUCAUCGAAAACCCGUACCAGUUUGAAUCCCUGGUCGAGUCCCUGCGCAACGCCUCGGACGCGGCGCUGUCGUUCAAGGAGGAGGACGCCAACCUCAACGAGGGCCUCACGAAGGAGGAGAAACGCGUCAGGAAAGCUGAACUCAACAUCCCGGACGUGCGGUUCGACCAGCUCCUCGCCGCGCUCAUCGCGCUCGUGCCGAGGUACCGGUUCGUCCUGCCUCCGUAUUUCCUAAACAACGCGCGCGCGUUGGGGACGUUGGAGGGGAUGGCGCGAGCCGCGGACCCGAAGUUUAACAUCCUCGCAGUCGUGUACCCGUUCGCGGUGAAGCGCUUGCUGCGCAACCCGAGCCGCUCGCCGGUUAUUUGGAAGACGCUUCGGAGGUUGGUGUGCGACGAGGGCGCGCGUUUGCUGUCGCUCAGAAGGCUGAUCGCGAUGGUGGAAGACGCCGCCGCGCUCACGGGGGUGAGCCGUUUUAGGGUGAUCUCCGGCGUCUUGAAGACGAAGCAGGGGUGGGCGCUCGCCGCGGAGAGCGUCCUGAGCGCGGUGUGGUGGAGCGUCAGGAAGACGUUCGCGUUGGUGUUUUUCCUCACGGGUAUCACGAUGCUCAGAGGGAUGUGGAAGCGGUGGAUCAAGGGCAUACGGGACGGGAAGCCGGCGAGGUCGUGAGCGAGCAGGCGCGGGGGACAUCACGUCGCGACCGCCGCGCGUGCGACGCGUACUGUAGAAGAAUCUAGUUCGUUUCGUUUGUAACAAAAUGAGUUGAAAGUC